AUGAAAUUAUCUGUAAGGAAAUUACUUUCUAACUCGAAACCCUCUGACCCAUUUCAGAUCCAAAAACGCCGCUAUUCCGCGUUCCCUCCAUCUUUCUACAGUACAUUUGGUUUCGGGGACAUGCCGACAAGUCAACGGCACGUUCUCCUACCGUAUACCGAUCUUUUAUUCAAUGGACGGUGA